AAGAAGCGGCUUCCUCGACUUCUCUACAUGGCCGGGAAUUUUUGGCAGAGCUCGCACUACUUACAAUGGAUUUUGGAUAAACAAGAUCUGUUGAAGGAACGCCAGAAGGACUUAAAAUUUUUAGCAGAAGAAGAAUAUUGGAAGCUUCAGAUAUUUUUUACAAAUGUUAUCCAGGCCUUAGGUGAACAUCUGAAACUAAGACAACAAGUUAUUGCCACAGCUACUGUCUACUUCAAGAGGUUCUAUGCCAGAUACUCCCUAAAAAGUAUAGAUCCAGUAUUGAUGGCUCCCACGUGUGUGUUUUUGGCAUCCAAAGUAGAGGAAUUUGGUGUGGUCUCAAACACAAGGUUGAUAUCUGCUGCUACUUCUGUAUUGAAAACUAGGUUUUCGUAUGCCUUUCCAAAGGAAUUUCCUUAUAGGAUGAAUCAUAUACUAGAAUGUGAAUUCUAUCUUUUAGAAUUAAUGGACUGCUGUUUGAUAGUGUAUCAUCCCUACCGACCUCUACUCCAAUAUGUGCAAGAUAUGGGCCAAGAAGACGUGCUGCUUCCCCUUGCAUGGAGGAUAGUGAAUGACACAUAUAGAACUGAUCUUUGUCUGCUGUACCCUCCUUUCAUGAUAGCUCUAGCUUGUUUACACGUGGCUUGUGUUGUUCAACAGAAGGAUGCUAGACAGUGGUUCGCUGAGCUCUCUGUUGAUAUGGAGAAGAUUUUAGAAAUAAUCAGGGUUAUCUUGAAGCUGUAUGAACAAUGGAAAAACUUUGAUGAAAGGAAAGAAAUGGCUACUAUUCUAAGUAAGAUGCCUAAACCAAAACCACCUCCAAACAGUGAAGGGGACCAGGGUCCAAAUGGAAGUCAGAAUUCUAGCUACAGCCAAUCUUAAGACAUUCCAAAGAUAUUCACUGUGGACCACUUUGGAUUAAGGCACACUGGGAUCUUUUCCUAUGUGGAAGCUGUGGACAGAAGGUUUCAGUCGUGUGUUUUCAGAAAGAACGUGAAGAAUGUUUCC